AGUACUGUUUAAAAUAUUUGAGUGGAAGGUGUAUUUGUUUAAAGUGAAAAUAUCAUUCGACCAUUGCUUAAAAGCAACUUGUGCUUGGUAUCUAGUUCAUUUAAGCAUAAAAUAUCCGUGAAAAGUGGAUUAAAAUAAGAAGAAUCUUGUUGUGAUUAAAUGUUACUUUAACGGUCAACGUGUACUCAGCUAUCGAGGAUGUGUCUACUUCUUGGUUUGUUUUGAAUGUUUCGUUGACGAAUUUGACCUUUUUAAUCGACCGAAAAAUUUAAACGUUACCACUCGGAAUCGUUCGUUAUUUGUUGUUUAAUUGUUGGAAUUAUUGAUAAUAAAAUAAAAAAAACGGUGAGCAUUAUAGGAUGGAUUAAAAUAAUGAAAAAGGUGUGGAGGAAUGCGACGAGAGGCACGCGAAGAACUGGAGGUACAUUCUUAUAGGUAUUAAUGGUGUUCUUUAGCUGAUAUGUAGUAUAAGCACAGAGCUGGAGAUACCUACCAAGGUGGUAUGUCGGAUGGCCCUGAAUGAUCCAAAGCGGUGCCGUCGGAGGCGUAGGCGGCGCAACUCCACCUACUUUGGGGGCGGAGCUUCGAGCAGCUGCCGCUCUCGGUGAUGUUGCGGCAUGUAGACGAUAUUUGGGGGCAGCGCGUUUGGUACGAUUUUCGCGCGAUGAACACGGUCGUACCGCUCUUCAUUUGGCAGCGGCGAACGGCCAUCGCGAAGUGGUACGGUUAUUGGUAUCGGUGGCCGCCCCCAGGGAAGUCGACGGACUUGACGGCGCAGGGUGUACGGCGUUGCAAAGGGCAGCUGCGAGUGGACACGAGGAGGUGAUAAGGUUGGUGUUGGCCAGGGGGGCGGAAGUUAAUGGACAGGACAGUGUGCACGGCAAUACUGCACUUCACGAAGCUGCCUGGAAAGGUUAUAGUAGAACGGUGCGUUUAUUAGCUUCCGCCGGCGCUGAUCUAAAUCGUUCGAACGCCGGUGGAUUUACGGCGUUACAUCUUAGUUGCCAAAACGGACAUAACCAAUCUUGUAGGGAACUACUUUUAGCCGGAUGCGAUCCUGAUAUCCAAAACAACUACGGGGAUACAGCUUUACAUACCGCGGCAAGGUACGGGCAUGCGGGCGUCACUAGAAUUUUGAUUUCUGCUCAGUGCAGGAUAUCGAAACAGAAUAAAAAUGGCGACACCGCAUUACAUAUAUCCUCUGCUAUGGGUCGUAGAAAAUUGACGAGGAUUUUAUUGGAGGCCGGUUGUGAAAAGAACGUUCGCAAUAAACAGGGAGAAACUUCGAGGGAUAUAGCUUUGAGGAAAGAUCUUUUCGAGAUUUUAGAUAUUUUAGACGACAGCGGCGUCGGUAGGGAGAGCAGAAAAUCGAAAAAGGGCAGCGGCGGAGCGAAAAAACGAUCUAAAAGUAAAGUCAAGUUUGAAGAUGCCGUAGAUAGUAAAGAAAUGCCGAACGAAUCGAAACCGUGGUCUCCAUACGGGUGCCAUUAUUUUCCAGAUCCGAAAAAUUUUCCAGCCCCUAGGCUGGAUUCCCUCCCCGAUGAGCCCUUAAAAAAGGGCGAACAGUAUUAUUUAGAUCUAGCAGGAAAUAUUUGUAAAGGUCCAAUAGGCGUAGGGUACACUUGUUAUUGCGCACCGCUGUUCAAGCACUUAGAAGCUAGGAUAGAGAGGGAUAAAAAAGAGUUACAGAAGGCGCACUUUAGGUUAAGACAGAGGGUGAUCGGUUUGGAGCAGAAACUCAAACGCGGUCAACAGGGUAGGCGGUCGGAAAGGGUUUUACCUACGGGUAGGGACAAGGAGGUGCCUCUACCGAGAUCCAGGAGCCUGGAAAUGUUGUACGAGGCAGAUAAACCACAAUUGCAAGCCACCAGAAGUAUGGAUGAACUAGAUCCGGCGGAAGAAACGGCAACUACCCGACCUUCCGUCAAAGAACUAGUAGCGAGGAUCCAACAGAUAAAUUGUUCCACUAACAACGGCAACAACAGCGAAAGCAGCGACGAAGAAGACAUUUCAGUUCGAAAAAAAAAUCCGGAUAACGAACCGACACCUCUAGACUUUCCCGGCGACGCUCCUCCUAGGAGCAGGACAGGCGUUUACAGUCCGACGAUAGUGAAUAGUGUCACGGUGAACCAAAACCCUCGGUACAUCGAACCGAUAGUAGAAAUUCGCGAAGGCGGUACCAAAUAUGGCGGUUACGUGCAUCAAGUAUCAAAUAAAAGACAACCCGUAUACCAAACCGACGUCGGAUUCGUGGAACCCUAUAAAAUUCAAUAUUACGAUAACGCCGUAGCCGAGAGGCGGGUUUUAACCGGCGCCAAAACCUACGAAAACGACAGUGGCGUAGCGGGAAAAUCGACCGUUAGAACCGAAGUUAAUUUCGCAGUGACUAACGUUCCGGAUAACGUCGAUAGAGAUACGAACAACGAUUCCGGUUAUUCCACUAAAGUUUAUGGAAGUUCCAAGGGGAAUUCGCCGAAUUUGUGCGGUAAAAUUGACGGGGACGGUCUCGGAACUUCUUCCAGUUUAGUUUAAUCAAUAUUGUUCUGUUUCUAAAUGAAAUAAACGUUAAUAUAUUUGUA